AUGCCCGCAGUCUUAAAUUCUCCUGCUCUUAUACCUAUCCUCAUCGAAUAUCAGAAACAAAAUUAUAUUCUUGUGGUGAUCUACGAUUAUGCUCUCAACCUGAGUCAAGAGGUUUUGCUGAUAUGGCAAUAUGGAAUAUCUCCCCUGACAUAUUGUUAUGCCUUUCUAUUGUUCUUCAUGGUUGCGUUAACUUUACCAGUUACAAAUCUUCCCGUUAUUCUGUCAGACAGAGCCUGUUUGUUUUGUUUGGCUGACAGACGAAAAAAUAUCUCGCAUAGAUAUCAAGAAGGCGUCUUAUUAGGCAUCCGGGAAUGUCUGUAUUCUAAUUCGAAUAAUCAAGUAUUAUGGAUUUUUGAUGUCGUGGGCAACGGAGGCACCUGCGCAUACGAGUUUUUGCUCGUUGCAAUGCUCGUCUACCGCUCAGUGAUACAUCAGUGGGAUAAUCAGGUUACUGCUGGGGCAAGGUUUGCUAUAUUUUUUAUGGGUGCUCGCAAGCUUCACCCUGGUCAUAUUCUCAAACCUCCCAUUAAAUUUCAACUUAGGUCCAGCAUGAACACCGGCACAAUCAGCUCCAUCGGAUUCGGAAGGCACCCGCCUGCUCUCGACGACAGGAAUCAGUAA